AUGACUCCAACACCAUGUCAUACGGAUAAAGUGAUUGUGCGUUUUGAUGUUAGAUCAGAGAGGCUAAGUUUUAUCAACCUACCAGCUCCAGCUAAGCACGUACAUUGGGGCUUUACUUCAAGUUUAAUAAACUACAACGGAAAGUUAGCUCAUAUAAAUAAUACUAAUGCCCGCUCCUAUGAAGAUAGACAUUAUGACUUUGUUUUAUGGGUACUACAAGAUGCCAAGGAACAUCGGUGGUCGAUGAGAUCAUGUUCGUUUGCGUUGGAUGAUUCUUUAGGAAAAGUAGCAAUUUCUUUUCAAGGCACCAACAAGAUCGGCGAAAUUAUUAUUGCCCCAAAGUUUUUGCCACGUGACCUUGGACCUGUUUACAUGCUCUACUACAAUGUUGGAAGCAAUAGUUUAAGAAAGGUUAAACUUGAAGGAGUUGCAGAUGAUGGAGAUUUCAGGCGUCGUUAUGGAAUUGGGAGAAAUGGUAAUUGCGACUUAUGUAUCUCACCGGAACAUGUUACAAAUUUUACGUUUCUAUAA